UUGGGCAACACCCCCACAGCCACAAUAGAGGACAAGUAGAUUUCCUUUGUACUGCCUAGUAAAUUUCCUUUUUCCUACUCCCUGUCCGCAAGCCUUAAAAACUUGAAACUCAGAAAAACUUGGGUGGUUUUUUAAAUUCACCAUUCCGUGCUCUGGAUUAUACUUGCAAAGCCCUAUUGUGGGAAGAGCUUCUGAAUUUUCUUGUUGCCUUCGUUUUUAAAACAAAUUUUGGAUAUGUAUCUGAUUUGGACCUUGGACUGCUGAAGCAUUAUCAGUUGUGAGUGAAGACCAGUCUUUAUUUGAGUGUGCCUACGGAACUCCCCACCUUUCUAAGGCAGAGAUGACAGCCUCCUCUUCUAGUGAAUAUGGACAGACAUCAAAGAUGAGUCCACGGGUUCCCCAGCAGGACUGGUUAUCGCAACCUCCAGCCAGAGUCACCAUCAAGAUGGAAUGCAAUCCAAAUCAAGUUAAUGGCUCAAGGAAUUCCCCUGACAACUGCAGUGUGGCAAAAGGAGGAAAGAUGGCCAGCAACACAGAAAACGUUGGCAUGAACUACGGAAGCUAUAUGGAAGAAAAGCACAUCCCACCACCAAACAUGACCACCAAUGAACGGAGAGUUAUUGUUCCAGCAGAUCCUACAUUAUGGAGCACAGACCACGUACGCCAGUGGUUGGAAUGGGCAGUCAAAGAAUAUGGCCUGCCAGAUGUGGACAUUGUGCUGUUUCAGAAUAUUGAUGGGAAGGAAUUGUGUAAGAUGACCAAAGAUGACUUCCAGAGGCUAACACCAAGCUACAAUGCAGACAUUCUCCUCUCACACUUACACUACCUCAGAGAGACUCCUCUUCCACAUUUGACUUCAGAUGAUGUUGAUAAGGCCUUACAAAACUCUCCACGGUUAAUGCAUGCUAGAAAUACAGGAGGUGCAGCUUUUAUCUUCCCGAACACUUCAGUUUAUCCUGAAACAGCACAAAGAAUUACCACCAGGCCAGAUAUACCUUAUGAACAAGCCAGGAGGUCAGCCUGGACAAGCCACAGUCAUCCUGCUCCCCAGUCAAAAGCAGCCCAAGCAUCAUCUUCAACAGUGCCCAAAACAGAAGACCAGCGCCCUCAGUUAGAUCCUUACCAAAUUCUUGGCCCAACCAGCAGCCGUCUUGCAAAUCCAGGAAGUGGGCAGAUACAGCUAUGGCAGUUCUUGCUGGAGCUUCUAUCAGAUAGCUCCAAUUCCAAUUGUAUCACCUGGGAGGGCACAAAUGGAGAGUUCAAGAUGACUGACCCUGAUGAAGUAGCCCGACGCUGGGGGGAGAGGAAGAGCAAACCCAACAUGAACUAUGACAAGCUCAGCCGUGCUCUCCGUUACUACUACGACAAAAAUAUAAUGACUAAAGUCCAUGGUAAGCGUUAUGCCUACAAGUUUGACUUCCAUGGGAUUGCUCAAGCUCUCCAGCCACAUCCUCCAGAAUCAUCCAUGUACAAAUAUCCAUCAGACCUGCCCUACAUGAGUUCCUACCAUGCACAUCCCCAGAAAAUGAACUUUGUUGCUCCCCAUGCUCCUGCUUUGCCUGUCACUUCCUCCAACUUUUUUGCCGGACCCACUCCAUACUGGAAUUCACCAGCUGGAAGUAUCUAUCCUAACACUAGGCUCCCGGCCACCCACAUGCCUUCUCACCUUGGCACUUACUACUAAAGGAAGAAACAAAAUAAUAAGAGGACAUUUCUCCAAGGAAUACAAUGAAUUUUAUUGGAGGAUAUGAGCAAAAAGUGCCUAAAAGACAUGACAAGGUUGACUGGGACUGAAAAAUGCCAUAUACAAAUGCUUUUUUU